UAUUUUGAAAAAUAUCAGCGGAUAUAGUUCAUAUUUUCUAUUCUGGCAGUCUUGACAUUGGUGACAAAAUCCACUGUGCGCUCCGUGGUAGCGCACAUCGGGCAGCCAGAACUGUUAAUUCAACGGCUGAUCAGAGAGAGAGAGAGAGAAAUAGAAAGAGAGAGAAAGAGAAAGAAAAAUCACCCACAGGACCUAAAAUAUUAUCAUAAAAAAAUAAGCUUUCAAUUAAACUUGUGUCUCUCCCAACCCCAGAACUAUUUCGGAGAAAUGGAAGAUUCGGGUGAACUAUUUUCCUUCAACCACAGGUCUCCAGACAUUUUGGACUCCUGCGUAAAGUGGAGCAGAUCGUUGGGUCGCGUAAUUGGAUGUGUUCGUUGUUCCUGCGCGUGAAAUGAAAAAGGUCCGCAAUGAUUUUGGCUUUCUAUUAACUAUGGGCGCGCAUAUUCUGGAGUCAAACUCCAGCGGCAACCUGACUCCUGCGGGGUACGAGACCGGGACCGUCCUCCCCGGCCACCUGGCGGUGAUCUUAUCGGUCCUCAUGGUGACUCUGGUUGUCGUCGUGGUGGCAGGAAAUGCGCUUGUCAUCAUGGCUUUUAUUGUGGAUAAAAGUCUGAGAACUCAAAGCAACUACUUCUUUCUGAACCUUGCCAUAUCUGAUUUUCUCGUGGGUGCCUUCUGCAUCCCGGUGUACAUCCCGUACAACCUGACGGGCCGCUGGAUGCUGGGUAAGGGGCUCUGCAAGCUGUGGCUGGUUAUGGACUACCUGCUCUGCACUGCCUCAGUCUUCAACAUUGUCCUCAUUAGUUAUGAUCGCUUCCUGUCAGUCACAAGAGCAGUUAAAUACAGAGCGCAGCGAAACAUGACCCGCCAGGCUGUGUUGAAGAUGGUGGCGGUGUGGGUGUUGGCCUUCCUCCUUUACGGCCCCGCCAUCAUCUUCUGGGAGACGAUCGUCGGCGAGAGCGUCGUCCCGAGUCACGAGUGCUACGCCGAGUUUUACUUCACCUGGUACUUCCUGCUCAGCGCGUCCACCUUUGAGUUCUUCACCCCGUUUGUGUCCGUGGCGUUCUUCAACCUGAGCAUCUACCUGAACAUCCAUCGCAGGACCAAGGACGACGGCGGCGCCUGCGCCGAGGAAGACGCCAAGACGCAGAGGAUCGGUAAGAAGCUGAGGGACGGAACAGCCUGGUCCGUGUUCUUUGUGAAGACUCGGAAGGUGUCUUCUAGCGAGCCUACUGCUAUCUCGGCGGUUAUCGAGGACGACAACGUCCUCUCCCCGUCUUCCUGCGUGGAGCCAAACAGUCAGGUAUUCACGCAGAGGGAUAAGUUCUCUCCAGACAGGAAAAACUCCAGGUUGUUUCAGCACACGGGCUCAUGCAUGGGGCCUGGCCGUAGGAAACAGAGAUCUCGCCUGACUCGAGACAAAAAGAUCGCCAAAUCUUUGGCCAUAAUUGUCUGCAUUUUUGGGAUUUGCUGGGCUCCUUACACUCUGCUAAUGAUUAUCCGCGCCGCCUGUAGCGGUGAGUGUGUGGCGAACUACUGGUACGACAUCACGUUCUGGCUUCUGUGGUUGAACUCGGCCAUCAACCCGUUCCUUUACCCGCUGUGCCACAGCAGCUUUCGAAGGGCUUUCUCAAAGAUACUGUGUCCGAAAAGACAAUCAGUCCAGCCUCAGAUUGAGGCUCAGUCUUGUUAGAUGAACUCAAUUGAACUUCCAUGCUUUUAUGAAGGCAGUAACCAUUGUUGGUCAAAACACUAUAAACAUCCAUAUACUGUUCUUCCAUCAAACAUAAUAAAAGAAAAUAAAAGAAUCCAGUUUUCUAAAAUACGAAAUGUUUGCGAGGAUUGUCACAGCAUAUCUGUCAGCAAUAUGACAUUUCAGCACAACCACGAAAGGUGCCAGAAGACAAACUGAAGUUAUAUUAUCCACAGACAGACAAUCUCUGUAAGUAGGACAGGAAAAAGGGACGUGCUUUAAGCUUUAUCACCACUUGUUUACGUCCCCAAUGCUGGGAAAUGAGGACUAGAGCCAGAUUGUGGGUGAUGAUAAGUUAGUCUGACAUUUAAGGGAGAAAUACAGCACCACCAAGUUGUUCAAUUAUUUUCGGUCUGCUUGGAAAGCACAGCGGAGGGAGACUGCAGCUUCAGAUAACAUCCCGUUCCUAACAGGGCUGCUGUGAUGAGAGAACCUUUGAAGCAUGUUUAGAUCAAAUGGAGCAUUUUAUGAUAUUUUGUUUUUAGGUUAAUUUUUUGGGGGCAUUUUUGUCCUUUAUUUUGAUAGGACAGCAGAAGACAUGGGGAGGAAUGACAUGAAGCAAAGGGCAGUAACCUCUAUGUAUGGGCGUCCACUCUACCGGCUGAGCCAUCCGGGCGCCCAGGAUUUUGUUAAAUUUCAUAAUCUCUCUGAAACCCUGGCUUUUUACAUAGGUCUUCAAGAAGAUGCUUUGCAAAUUCAAGCUUUUUAACAUGCAGCAAGAGAAUGACAGAUAUGGAAUCCUCACAUUUCAAAGCACCUGAAGAGAGCAGAUGUACCUGUGUUUGUUUACUGUGGUUUGUCAGUGAUGUUUUAUUUCAUUUUAUCUGAAAAGUGGGCCAGGGUCGCGGGGAAUCAGCUGUCAUCUGCCCACACUGAACCUGCACUUGAUUGUAAUGAGGUGUUUUUGUUGAUGUU